UGCUCCGCGCCUUCCUCUCGCCGUGUUCCCGCGCCGCUCCGGUCUUCAGGGCAGACUGUGAGAGGAGAGGAGUUCGUCACGCUGCCCCGCCUACAUCCUGACAGCCAAUGUUUGCCACGCUCCGCGGGCUGGAUUAAAAGAGUCCUGACUUUUGGGGCGGCCGCCCGAGAGGAGGGAGGGGAGCGGGCGCCCGGCACACAGAAGAGCCGCAUUGAAAUGUGUAAAUAGCCGCGGCUUGCCGACCACUGAGCUACGGCAACCCUAUUGCCUGUCACCUGGUGGGCAGUGUGCUCCGGAGCUGCAGCAAAGGUGAAAAAGAGCCGCAUGCGG